AUGCCAGCAUUAGAGAGCUUGCAGGAGCAAAUUUGCUAUGUGGAAUGCUGCAUUUGCAAUACCAUCCUACUUGUUAUCGUUCCUUACAACAGCUUAGCAAUGGUGGUGACAAUCAAUUGCGGCCACUGCGAUAAUAUCUUCUCUCUCAACAUGCUACACCUCUUUCCAUCAAUCAACCAGCACCGUAAAUUGGUUGCGGACGAAGAAGAAGAUGAUGAUGAUGAUGAUGAUAAUGACGACGAAGACAGAGAUUAUGUAUGGUGCAACCAUGUUAUCCAGAAACUUAUCAUGAAUGAUCUGAUGGCAAUUUGUUGUGGUGCAGCACCGGAAAAGAAGAAGCGUGGUCCGACUGCAUACAAUCGCUUCAUCAAGUAUGAAAUCAAGAGGCUCAAGGCUGAGCAUCCCAACAUCACUCACAAGGAAGCUUUUAGUGCAGCUGCCAAAAAUUGGGCACAUUGCCCACAAAGAGAGUAUAGAGAUGGACAAGUCAGUGCUUGUGAUGAAGGAGACACAAAUUACCAUGGUCAUGCAAUCCAUUGCCCAUCAUGA